CUUGAAAGAUGAAAAUGCUAGCAAGAACUGUCCUGGUACUUAUCAUCUUCGAUGCUACAUUGACGGCGCCAACUACAGAGCUCUUUAACUAUGACUCAGAAGUCUACGAUGCCAUCUUGGAAGACCUGGGAACCUUUUACAAUUAUGAACAGAUACCUAUCAACAAAGUAGAGGGUGAAAAGGUGACCGAGAGGCUUUCUGGGAACAGAGAACUCCUCACCCCAGGCCCUCAGCUAGGGGACACUCAGGACGAGGACAAGGAUGAAGAAUCCACUCCCCGGCUGAUAGAUGGCUCUUCCCCACAGGAGCCAGAAUUCCCAGGGCUUCUGGGUCCACACACCAAUGAAGACUUUCCAACCUGCCUUCUGUGCACUUGUAUAAGUACCACUGUAUACUGUGAUGACCAUGAACUUGAUGCUAUUCCUCCACUCCCUAAGAAGACUACAUAUUUCUAUUCGCGCUUUAACAGAAUUAAAAAGAUCAACAAAAAUGACUUUGCAAGCCUAAGUGAUUUAAAAAGGAUUGAUCUGACAUCAAAUUUAAUAUCGGAGAUUGACGAAGAUGCGUUCCGAAAGCUGCCUCGUCUCCAGGAGCUUGUCCUACGUGACAAUAAAAUAAAGCAGCUUCCAGAAUUGCCAACCACGCUGACAUUUAUUGAUAUCAGCAACAAUAGACUCGGAAGGAAAGGGAUUAAGCAAGAAGCAUUUAAAGACAUGUAUGAUCUCCACCAUCUCUAUAUCACGGAUAACAGCUUGGACCACAUUCCUCUGCCACUUCCAGAAACUCUACAGGCUCUUCACCUUCAGAAUAACAACAUUCUGGAAAUGCAUGAGGAUACGUUCUGUAAUGUUAAAAAUUUAACCUAUGUCCGUAAGGCGUUAGAGGAUAUUCGACUGGAUGGAAACCCUAUCAACCUCAGCAAAACUCCUCAAGCGUACAUGUGUCUACCUCGUUUGCCCAUUGGAAAUUUUGUCUAAUGUUAGAAUGCUAGGCAAAUGUCAUGAUUAUGAUGCUUUUUGUAGCCAAGUGACUCAUAGCUCUCUUCAGAAACAAACUCAGUGCAUUUCAGAUGCAUUGAAGAAUGUGGCAUGAUUAUAUAAAUCAAUAAGCUAAGGGUGUUAAGAUAAAAUAAGGAUUUAAUAAUUUAACUAAACAUGAGUUAGGUAUAAGCUUAUAAAAUAUGUUGAGAGUAAAUGAAAUGACAACAAAUUUCAGCUACUCUUACAAACUACGUACAAUUUGAAAAUUGUAGGGGUUUAUAUAAAAUUAAAUAUGUAAGAAAGAAAACAUUUGAAAUGAAUACUUUAGAUAUGUUGAUAAGAUGUACACAUUUUAAUCGAAUUUUUCUAGUCUUUAUUUUCACUGGUGUGUGGUCCCCACCUAUUUCAUGUAAGAAAGCAAAGGAAAUUAAAUGUGUUUGAAAAAUAUAUGGUCUUGUGAGAAAGCAUUUCUUAUAAUCAUGGUGUGCAGCUUCCUAAUGACAUCUGUCAUCUUUAAGACCCAUCAUUCUACACCCUUGAUUGCCUGUAUUUCUCUAGCUUUGAAAAUAAUAUAUGGGACAUGCAACAUAUUGAAGCUGCUGUGGUAACAACACCAAGGAAGAGCAGAAAAUAACCUUAUAAGGAGAGUGGAUUAUUUUUAAAAUCUUUGAAAAUUAAUCAUAAUGUAAGUAUAUGGUUAAAAACCGAAAUAAUGGAAAAGAUUUGCCUUCAGGAACAAGACCCCAAGCUCCAGUCACUAAUCUUAUAUAACUCUAUAAAAAUUUCUCCCAGAAAAAAAUUCCUCCUUUUAUAGAAAUAUAUGUCUUCAAAUGUGAUAUAUAUAUAUAUAUAUAUAUGUAUAUAUAUGCACAGUAUAUGUAUAUAUAUACAUAUACACACACACACGCAGUACUGUUACAUGUCUGUACACAUGAACAUUCAUUUUUAAGUGCAAAAGAUACUAAGUAUUCAGAACCUUGCUUAUAUAAUUUCAAAAUAGUCCCUGGGGCCAUUUCCAUAUGAGUACAGGCCCUGGCAUUCUGAGAAGCUGUCAUUUCAUUCCAUGAAUAUUAAAAUUUUGCAUUUACACCAAAACUGUAAAUAAUGCCCAUGUUGAGCACACAUAACCAUAUGCUUGAGAGCACCUCUAUGGACAAAGUCAUAGAAGUAAGAUUCUGGGUCAAAUGCUAUUCAAGUUCUUAAUAAAUGGUAUUAAAUUUCCACAAAAGAUGCUAAAUAAAUUUGGUUCAGCCUUGAGCAGGGUGGAGGUUUGGUAUGGAUGCUGUGCCUCGGGUUGAGCACUACUAACACUUAUUCUCAUUUGACCAGUUGCAUGUCUCUAUAUUAAUCUCCAUCUGCUGGGGAAAAAAAAAGUCUCUGAUGAAGGCUGAGAGCUGCACCAAUCUAUAGGUAUAAAAUAUAUUUAUUUAGAAGGCAACUUGAUAUUAUGUGCAUUUAACAAAAUAAUAGCAGGGUCUCCUUUGGACUCCUCAAAAACAUUGAAAUCACUUAAUUUCUUCAUAUUCCUUAUCAUUUAUAUAUCCAAUACCUAUAGACAUUAAAACUAUUUCUCAAAUUUUAGAGCAGUUUUUCUAAUGUGGGAACCUGCCUGGGACCGACCUAGGCUCUCUAUAUGUGUGACAGUUGUGUGGCUCGGUCUGUUUGUAAGGCUCAUAGCAGUGGGAUAAGGACCUGUCCCCGGCACUUGAGCUGGCUUUUGGGAACCCAGUCCCCAUGCAGGGUUGCUUUGCCCUGACUUGAUGCAGGGGAAGGAGCUUGAUCCUGCCUCAAUUUGAUGUGCUAUGCUUUGUUCAAGCCCAUGGGAGGUCUGCCCCUUUCUGAAUGGAGAGGCUUUCUUGAGAUGUAUAACUGAUGUGGGAGAAUCCAAUCUAUUUUAGGCAGCACCAUUCAUGCCUAAGCAAAUAGGCUUGUAUAACAAAAGCAGCUGACCCAGUGGGUCAAGGAGUAAGAAACCUUCCUCCAUGAUUGCUGACUCCAGUUUCCUUCCUUGAGUUCCUGUACUGAGCACACAUUUCCCAGUGUUAACGCUCUCUGCUUUUUUAGUUUUCAAAACUAAGUUAUUGUUAUUGCAGGAUUAAUAGCAUUUUCAAAAGGUGAUAGGGAAUGAUACUAUAUGCAUGACAAUAUAUAUUAUACAUGCAUUAUCUGGAAAGGAAUAGCAACACUCUUUGUACUUACCAUAAAAUUAAGUUUCUCUGUAUAAUUUAGAAUGACUUAAUGGUUCAUAGAUAGGAAAACUCAUACCUCACAAAUUUGUAAAGUAGCCGUAUAUCUUUGCAAAUUCCCAAAAUAAAUGAAUAAGAAAUUUCCCCAAGCCCUCGCACUCCUUCACAAAAUGCUCACUUCUUUUCCAUUAAUUAUAUAUCUAUGAGUAAAUAAAUAAAUACAACUUGCUGACUCCACAUAGUGUUACAUGUAUUUAUAUGCUUUUAAGGCCGACCACUUGGCAUUAGAUAACCCAGUCAGGGGGAUUAUUGUUGGGGAAAGACUGAUUCUCCCUCUCUCAGUAGUUGUUAAUUGUCUACAGCUCUUUAUCUAAGGUUGGGGCCCCAUGAGAUUUCCUGCAUCUAUGUUGGGAGUUCAACUGGUGUUAGAAUUAUUCCAUUCUUGUUUAAGCAGCCAUACUGUAAAGAUUUCUUGUGUCAAGCUUCCCUGUCAUAUGUGGGAGACUCAAUCUUGUGGCAUACUUCCUAGGCCUAUGGCUCUCUUACAAUCUUUCCACCACAUCUUCGUCAAUGUUCCUUGACCUCCAGUGUAAGGGUUGUAUUGUACAUGUAUCACUUUUUUGCUGGGCAUCCUAGAGUCAAUUGUUCAUUGCAUUUUGACCAGCUGUGUCUUUCUGUAAAGGUCUCUAUUUGCUGAAAAAAUAAACUCCUUUGAUGUUGAGUUCGAGCUACACUUAGCUGUAGGUAUAAAAAGAAGAAUUUAAAAUGCAGUUAGGAAUUAUACUUAGAAAGUGGAUAGAAGGAUCUUCUUUAAGACCUAUGCCCUUACUGGCCAUGUUAGUGGAUUAUUUUCCAGAAUCAGACAUUAUUUCCCUUCUGUUAAAUGGGUCUUAUGUUCAAUUAGAUCAAUGUUGGCUACUGCCAAGUUAUAAAUGCCACUAUUGCAUUUCUAGGGAUGUAAUUCCAUGUUAAUCUUUGUUGUGGUUCACGAGAGCCACAGUUGGGUAGGACUACUGAUUGUGUUCCUGUCUUUGAAGCUUAUAUAGCACCUGCCAGUACUGUGAACUUAGUCCUCAGGGAGGAGGUUGGUGAAUCAGAUCUAGCAUGAAUCCUCUGAAUCCUGUGUCUGAAUUAUGUGAUGUCUUCAGCAAGCAAGACCUACACUGAAUGUCUGGGAAGUAGCCAAAGGUAAAGGCAAUAGCCUAUAAUGUUUUGGGAGUCUCUUGCUCUCCCCUGACCAAUAUCUGGAACAGAGAUUUCUUAUGCUUGGUACUGGGUUUUUGUUAGUCUAUUUCUCUUGGGAGAAGCACUAUCACCCCAAGUGACUUAACCUCGUGUGUGUGUGUGUGUGUGUGUGUGUGUGUGUGUGUGUGUGUGUGUAAUUUUAGGUUAUAUAAAAAUUAGAUUGUGUCUUUUUCAGACAUCCUUAGUGUUAUGUACCCCUCUUCCCUCCUUCUCUUUCUGUUUUGUUCUCCCUCCCCUUCCCAGUUAAAGCCACCUCAUCUCCAUUUUUCCAUCUCCAUUCAUAAUCACCUGUAUCCAAACAAUUAAAGUAUAUUUUUAUUAGAUCUUUGAGAGAUUAAUACCUAUUUUUGACCGUUUUUUACCCACCCUCCCUCCUUCCCUGAAAAUCAUCCCCAAUUCACCACUAAACCUUCUUAUUCACACAUCUUUGUGGGGUUUUUUGUCAUUUUUUUAAUCCUCCAAGACCAAUAUUUGCUGCUCAAAUAUUCUUGGAUGUGUGGUCUGCCACUAGACAGUGGUCAGCUUAUCAAGGGUUACACUCUUCAAGAUUGCAGUCUGCCUGUCUUUCUCCCCACAGCUGGUAACUGCCAACAGCGCUAUGGCUGGGGGUGUAUUGGUUGCGUGACUCCUCUCCUCAUCCUGGGAUUUGGUCUGACAUGGGUUUGCCCCGGUUUUGAAGAAGCUGUUGAAAACACUGUGAGUUCAUAUGUGGAACUACCCUGCUCUGUGUAGAAGAUAAUGUUUCCUUGUAGCCAUUCACUCCUUCAGGCUCUCACAUUCUUCCUGCCCUCUCUUCUUCAGUCAGUCCUGAGCCUUAAGGAGGAGGUUGGGGCCGGGCGGUGGUGGCGCACGCCUUUAAUCCCAGCACUCGGAAGGCAGAGCCAGGCGGAUCUCUGUGAGUUCAAGGCCAGCCUGGGCUACCAAGUGAGUCCCAGGAAAGGCGCAAAGCUACACAGAGAAACCCUGUCUCGAAAAACCAA